UCUACAGGCCACGCGUUGACGCGUUGUAACGCGUAUGUGUGGUGUAACGCAUAUGUGUGGUUAGGCUUUACUGACGUACCUAAAGUCAACAGCUUUGUGCAAACACCUGUAGACUUGAUACGGUCCCCCAAGUGCGCACGUGAUUCUUUGUUUUUGGUCAGGGGCUGCUGUAAUCCUGUGCACUGUUUAUGCAGGUGUGAAGCCCUGGCAGAGCUUAUCUGGCAGAACUGGCAGCAGAUCAAGAGGGUCGAGCACUUGGCAUUGCAGGUGCCCAUAGGAGGCGGUCAAGCUCCACAAAUUGCCGACCGCUUCAAGGCCCUCAAUGCCCAUAUUACCAACCUGCUUUCCUCUCUCGUCACCAGCACGUUCAUCAUUGAGAAGCAGCCUCCUCAGGUUAUGAAGACCAACACCAGGUUCACAGCAACGGUGCGCCUUCUGGUUGGGGGCAAGUUAAAUGUUCACAUGACACCGCCUCAAGUCAAGGUGUCUAUCAUCAGGUGA